ACGAGCCCGUACCUAUCCUGCCGUUCGGAUUCUAGAAUUCUACGCUUCUGUGAGAGAAGAACGAUUAUCCGUAUAAUUAUCGGUGGAAGAAAAAACCGUAGAAAUCUGUCACGAUGUCGAGCAGUAAGUGCGUAAAGCAGCCACGCAAAGCGUACACCAAGGAACAGCACGAGAUGACGCACUCCGAGAAGCUGAAGCUGAUCGACGACGAGCUGAAUUCCUUUUACAAGUACUGCCAGCAGGCGGGCUUCACUGAGGAAGAAAUGGACAUCAUUUGUCAGCCGCUCGUAGCGGCGAUGCGUCGCUCAUGGCUGCAGCUCGUCUUUCGUGGCACUCUGGUACUGAUAGUAUUGGGCACCCUGGCAUGCCUCGCGGCUCAGCUGGACUUCGUCAGUACUCACUUUACUGCCCUCAGUCGUCUGGUGCUGAUUAAGAUUUUGCCAAUCUGGAACUGGCAGCCGCUCUAUUAUGAGAAUUGCAUGAUCAACAAUCCCUUCUACAACGAUUACACCAUCACGGAGGAAGAUUGCGUGACCUGUGAGGCAUUGGAGACGAUUGAUCGCCUAUCAGACGUGCGGUAUCGCACUCUGGUUGAUAAUUAUUUAAAUCGCGAUGCACCGGCUAUUAUUACCGAUGCGAUGGAUUCAUGGGCAGUCAUGAAUACCGAUUACUUCUGGUUCGAUAAUAUUACUCACCUGUAUCUAGAGAACGAGCGGCUAAUGGAGACGGUACCCUGCGCCUUGACCUCGAACCUAUGGACUGGUUCAUCUGAUCUUGCAGCGUUCCUACGACGCGUGCACACGCCCGAGGUGGCUAAGUGGUUCGUCCACUGGCAGAACUGCGACAUCAAUGCCGUGAAGGUGCUCAGGAAGUACUAUCAGCGGCCAUACUUCCUCUCUAGCACGGUCUCGCCGGCGCAUUUUAACUGGGUGCUCAUGUCCUCGGAUUACAACAGCCCGAGCUACAAGAAGGUUGAGCUUGACUCCGGUUUGAUCGCCCUCGCUCAACUCCGCGGUGCGACCCAGCUACGUCUUACCCCUAUAAAUCCCUGCAACAGUUCGUGUCCCGAGCUGAUCGCUGAUCUGCACCAGGGCGAAAUGCUCGUUUUCACGAACUUGAUGUGGACGCUCGAGUAC